AUGAAGCAACAGUUCCCAAGCUUUAAGCUUGCUUCUGGAGAAGAACUCGGGAAGGAAUUACUGAUUGAAGUUAUUAAACCUCGCAUGAAUAAGGAGCCUGCUUCUUUUCAAUGCCAAAGUACUUUAUCUCCAUCUAGGCCUGGGGUCUUACAUAAUGCACAAGAGAUGAUGCAGCCACAUUCAUCAAAUCAACAGAUGCUAGUUGAAGUUGAAGAUAUCAACAAUGAAUGGAAUCUUGUUAAUGAUGAGCAAAAUUACAUUCCUGUUUCUUGUUCAAAUGAGGGUCGCAUGAAUCAGGAACUUGCUACUUUUCAAUGCCAAAGUACUAUAUCUCCACCCGAGCUUGAAGUCUUGCAUAAUGGGCAAGAGACAACGCAGCCACAUCCACCAAAUCAGCAACUAAUAAUCGAACUUCGUGAUACAAACAAUGGAAUGAAUGUUAAUGCAGAGCCAAAUGGCAUUCCUGUUUCUUGUUCGGACGAGGCACUUAAUUCAAUUACUUAUGAGGAACUCAAAAAGCAUUUUGGAAAGAAACUUGAAGAUGUUGCACAGAUUUUUGAUGUGAGCAGAUCUACGUUCAAGCGUAUAUGCCGAAAGAAUGGAAUCCACAGCUGGAAACGAGGCAAGAGAAAUAAGGUUAAAGGUUCUCCCUCUAGACGAGACCCUCCAUGUUCUCAGUUGCCUGCUGAGAAACUCGUCGCUACUGUUGCUCACAUGACUCCACUCGUAAUAACACAAGAAGUAAGGGCAAUAACUAUAAAGGCAACAUUUGGAGCUGAUAUGAUAAAAUUUAAACUACCUUUUUCAUCAAAAAUGGAGGAGUUGAAAGUGGAAGUGUCCAAGAGGUUGAAGUUAAAUGCUAGAAGUUACAAGAUCAAAUAUAAUGAUGGCGAGGAUCAGAUCUUGAUAGCCUGCGACGAGGACUGGCGGGAAUGUAUGAGUGCUUCCGAUUCAAUGGGCACAAUCAGAUUGGUCAUUGAGCCAAUUACGCAAAUACCACCUUCAACCUGACUACAGGAAAUAUCAGCAGUUUCUAUUUCGUAGCUCCCACUCUGUUCUCUAGGAUUGCCGAGUCUUCUACUUGUCCAAUCUAAAAAAAAUACAUUUGUAUUUCAAAGAGAAUACCUUGCUGAAAUGUAAUAUGUUCAAAGUGAAA